AUGUCCUGGAUCAGCAAACAGCUCGAAUUAACCCCCACCCACUUUGUCUACCUUAUCCUCUCUGCCUUUCUCCUCCUAUACGCCCUCUUCUCAGCCUUCAUCCGCAACCGCCUCCACCUCUCCGAACCCCCACUCGCCACUCUAGUCGGCAUAGCCUUUGGACCCCAAGGCGCAAACCUCAUCAGCUCUGUACGAUGGUUCUCGGACGACAUCACGCAGGAGGCAGCGAGGGUUGUGGUUGGGCUACAGUGUUUCACCGUCGGCGUGGAGUUGCCGAAAGCGUACUUUUCGCGCCACUGGAAAAGCGUGGGCAUGAUGUUGGGGCCGGUCAUGACCUUUAGUUGGCUCAUUACCGCCGGCUUCGUAUACGCGGUGUUGCAGACCAAUUUGACGACGGCCCUCAUCAUCAGUGCGUGUCUCGCUCCUACGGAUCCCGUGCUGGCGGCCAGUGUGCUGGCCGAGAGCACCUUCUCCAAAAGAGUGCCGAGGAGAUUGAGGCACAUGCUCAGUGCCGAGAGUGGAUGCAAUGACGGCGUUAGCUUUCCCUUCCUGUACAUUGGCAUCCUCUUCCUCGUCGAGCAGACGCCGGGAGCUGCGAUCAAAGAGUGGGUUCUUGGGACCGUGCUAUGGCAAUGUACGCUCGGUCUACUGAUCGGCCUCGUCAUCGGCCACUCUUUCAAUCGAAGCCUGCGAUUCGCGGAGCGCUGGGCGUACAUCAGUCCCGCGCCUUUCCUUGUCUUUUACUUCCUACUCGCCAUCUUCUCGGUCGGGAUCGGCUCAACCCUGGGCGUGGACGACUUCCUCGUGGCCUUUGGAGCCGGUUACGGUUUCGCAUGGGACGGCUGGUUCGCGAAAAAGACGAGGGAAACAAACCUGCCCGAAAUACUAGACCUGCUGCUGAACUCGAGCAUGUUCGUCUACUUCGGUGCCAUCAUCCCGUGGAGGUCCUUCACCCCGACGGAAUUUACACCCUCGAUCACGCCGGGCCGAUUGGUGGGCUUGCUGGUCCUCAUCCUCCUCUUCCGCCGCAUCCCCAUCGUCCUGGCCAUGAAGCGCUUCGUCCCCGACAUCCGAACGUACCGCGAAGCGCUCUUCUGCGGCUACUUCGGCCCCAUGGGCGUCGGCGCGCUUUUCCUCGUCAUCGAAGCUCGCGCCAUGCUGGAGAACGGCACGUCGAUACCGGACGCGCACCCGCCCGCGGAGAACGAGAACAAGCAGGCUAUAGAGACGGUGUGGCCUGUGGUCUGCUUUAUCGUCCUGGGAUCGACGAUGGUGCAUGGGCUUUCGGUCGCGGCGAUCAGCGUGGGGAGUCAUUAUGCGCGGAAGGAAGGGGAGAGGGCACCGCUGAUUGGAGGCGAAUCGGAUGGUUUGUACGGUAUGGUUCAUGAGGGAGGUGGGGGAGAGAGCGAGCCGAGUGUUAGUGGGGAUGAGGACCCUGAUCCCCCUGAUCAUUAUUGA